CUGGUGAGAAGCAGGCCGCGAUUUCUCGCCUAACAGGCCAGUCUUUUCACAGAUCAGAAAUCUUGAGGUACCUUAAUUCCAUGAUCCUUAAUCUGAUGCACCAAUGAUGCCGAAUUACGCGACGAGUGCAUUGAUCAUCUCCGCCAUCUUUCUCGCCUUGGCCUUAGUAGUGGAGGUCAGAGGUCAAGGCCUUCCUCCGGGCGGCGCUUACGUGUGUCAAGUAGUAGAAAAGCAAUUGCAGACCAGAGCAGUAUCCUACCGAAAACCUGAAGUUUACUACACCAAAGAGUUCUGCUGGUCCUUUCCGCCAUGGUGCACUGUAAAAAAGACACGAUACUCUGUUGCAUACAGAAUUGAAAAGUAUUCCAUAGACGUCACGGUCCAUCGUUGUUGCCAUGGAUACAGAGUGAAUAAAAAUAAUACAUGUGAAGCUGUGUGUUCGAACCCCUGCGUUCACGGCAGAUGUGUAUCCCCGGAGAAAUGUCACUGUGACGAUGGGUACAGUGGUGUCGAUUGCUCAUCAAACUGUCCCGCCAAUACCUGGGGGCCGAACUGCGCCAAACUCUGUGACUGCAAUGGGCGAGGGACGUGUGACUCAUUAACAGGCUUCUGUGCCUGCUCCGCGGGCUGGACGGGUGAACAUUGCCAGACAAAAUGCCCUAAUGGCACGUUCGGGAACGGCUGUCAGUCCGUGUGUAACUGUGGACAAGGGGUCAACUGUGACCCUACCACGGGGGUCUGCAUCUGUCGCCCGGGAUUCACAGGACCUAGAUGUGAGGAUGAAUGCCCUGACGGUACCCACGGUCAAGACUGCAAGUCAUUGUGCAUCUGUCAAAAUGGCGGCCAUUGUGACGCCAAGACUGGGUCAUGUGACUGCACACCCGGAUGGAGGGGAGAUUACUGCAGCUUUCAAUGUGAGAAAGGAUUUUACGGACUGAAUUGUUCCCAGGAAUGUCAGUGUUACAAUGGUGGUAAAUGUGAUCACGUGAACGGAGAGUGCACGUGCGGGCCGGGGUUCAAUGGAACACGGUGCGAAAAGCAAUGUUUACCGGGCACCUUUGGAUUACUGUGUGCUGGUCGAUGCAGCUGCCAAAACGAGGCUGAAUGUUCACCUGUCAACGGAACAUGUGACUGUCCGGCGGGAUUUAAUGGGACAAGUUGUGAAUUGAGAGCUUGUCCAGCUGGAAAAUACGGCAUCAGCUGCAAUUAUACCUGUAGAUGUGAAGGGACAAACACAGUCAGUUGCCAUCCGGGCACUGGAGAAUGCCGCUGUUCACCAGGCUGGCGGGGAGCAAUGUGCCAGUUCCCAUGUCCAGCGCCAUUUUGGGGAGACCAAUGCGAACAGGUCUGUGACUGCCAACAUGGUGGCUCCUGUGACCCUGUCAACGGAUCGUGUACCUGCACUCCUGGAUUCAGGGGAGAUAAAUGCCAUUUUGAGUGCGCACCAGGCACAUACGGCCAAGGAUGCGCGCAGCAGUGCUCAUGUCAGAACAACGCCACUUGUGGGACGGUAGAGGGCGCUUGUACCUGCAAGGAAGGCUGGGAUGGAUUGUUCUGUGAAGAACCAUGUAAACCGAAUUUCUUCGGCCUGAAAUGUGCGAACCAGUGUAACUGCGCCAACGAAACAGAAUGUAACCACGUAUCUGGGAAGUGCAUUUGUAAUCCAGGCUUUACUGGAGCCAGGUGCGAUCAGUCUUGUCCGCCGUGGAGGUAUGGGCAGAAUUGUAUGGAGCAGUGUGAUUGUGACCAGAACAAAGCCGCCUCAUGCGAACCCGUCAGUGGGAGCUGUGUCUGCAAAAUCGGAUUCCAAGGCGUCCGCUGUGACAGCUCAUGUCAGAUCGGGACAUGGGGAGGUAACUGUGAGAAGCCUUGUAACUGUAACCAGCGAGGGUCAUGUGACUCGAUCACAGGUGUCUGCCAGUGUCGGCCGGGCUGGACGGGCCAGAACUGUCAAACAGGGUGCCCUGAUGGUCAGUACGGACAGAACUGUACCUCGGCGUGUAACUGUGAGGGUGGGGUGUCCUGUGACAAGUUCUCAGGAAAAUGCCCCUGUCCCCCGGGAACUACAGGGCCGAACUGCGAGAAAGUAUGUCCAGAUGGCCUAUUUGGAAGAGACUGUAAAUUUGGAUGUCAGGACUGUAAAAAUGGCGGAAAAUGUGACCGGAUUACUGGGAGGUGUAUCUGCUUCCCUGGCUGGAUGGGACCUGAGUGCGAGGCGGCUUGCCCUGCUGGGCGGUAUGGAGAUGGAUGCAAACUCCAGUGCGCAUGUCAGAACAACGCCAUCUGUCGGUCUCAUGAUGGCGCUUGUGAAUGUAACCCGGGAUUCUUUGGAGUCUCGUGCGCUGAAAAGAUCUGA